GUGGUGACACAUACAUUAACUACAUGUAUAAUAUACAUAGACAGCGUUGACAAAUACUGUUAGUUGUCAAACGAAGUUUCAAUUUAUUUCUUUACAGAUCUAAUUGCGUUUUAAGGAGAAAAUGUACCAAUAUAUUUUCCUGAUCGUAUGCAGUUUCGUUGGAAGCACAGUUUAUGGUUGUCCUUCCUCGUGUAGCUGCAGGGACACGACUGUUUGGUGCGACAAUAGGAAUCUAUCAGCAAUCCCGUCUGAUAUACCACAUGAUUCAACAUAUGUGGGCUUAUCAAAAAAUAGAAUAACCACGAUAGAUGCGAAUGUAUUUCAGGGAAUGACUGCUCUUCAAACCCUGUUUAUGAACGAGAAUAAAAUUACUACAGUGGACGCAAACUCAUUUCAAGGAUUGACGGCUCUUACACUCUUGAACUUGUCCUACAAUAAAAUAACCAAGAUUGACGCGAAAAUAUUUCAAGGGUUAACAGCUCUUUCAAGUUUGGCAUUGUACGCUAAUAAAAUUACCAGGCUGGAUGCGAAUAUAUUUCAGGGUUUAACGGCUCUCACAUACUUGGACUUUGAUAUAAAUGACAUAACCAAUCUAGAUGCGAGGAUAUUUCAAGAUUUGACGGCGCUUACACAGUUGGUCUUUAACAGAAAUGAAAUUUCCACGCCUGACGCGAACAUAUUUCAAAAUUUAAAGGCUCUUACAGAAUUGAGUUUUGGCGGGAAUCAAAUAAGCAGUCUGGAUAAAAAUAUAUUUCAAGGAUUGACGGCUCUUACAUACUUGUGGUUGGCCAACAAUCAAUUCACUACGCUAGAUUCCAAUCUAUUUCGAGGCGUCACAGCUCUUCAAAAAUUGUACUUGCCCAACAAUAAAAUUACAACGCUGGACGCAAAUCUGUUUCAAGGUUUGACGGCUCUCAGAGAAUUACACCUGGGCACGAAUAAAAUCACCACACUAGAUGCUUACUUAUUUCGAGAUUUAAAGGCUCUUACUGUCUUGGAUUUAGAAGAUAAUCCACUGGACUGUUCAAAUUGCGAAUUGAAAACAAUCAAGGAUUUUCUGAAAAAUAAUUCCAAUUUGGGAGACUCCGGUGCAAAGUGUGGAUACAAAUUGUUAAUUGACCAUAACUUCAUCAACUGCAAAGAUUCAGAAACGACAGAAAAGUCAGUUCGAACAUCUACUACAACUACUACUACUAAUACUACUACAGAGUACCAAACUAGUACAGUAGAAAGUACAACCGGUAUAAUAAAUACUGAAGUGAUCAUCUAUGCAUCGUGUGGAGCUGGCAUUUUUCUAAUUCUCACUUGCAGUAUUAUUUGCUUUUGUGUCCACAAAAAAUGUAGAAAAGCACAUAUUUAUCAAAAUACAGGAAUUAACCAGAAAUGCGUUGCGAAUAUCAGCGGAGCUAACAUAGACGACGAAGUAGGCAUAAGCCAGAACGUUUCAACUGGUAGGGAAAGUGGGCACGAAUAUCAACAAAUCGACGAGCUUGAGAUGUCAGAUUUAGUUUUAUCAUCAAACGAACAACGACAUAUUACUGUUGGCGACAACUCAAGUAAUUCGUCGGAUGGGAUUCAGUUAUCGACCGAUGGUUAUUUAAAUCCAUACGAGUCAUUGCUGUCUACCCAGCAACAGUCUGAAAACACACAAGACCGGGAUUCUGAUGAGAACACGGCAUACUCAAGACUAUAUUCCAGAUGUACAAGUGAAGUCGUUGAUGAACCCAUUUAAAACAUAAACGAUCCUAAUAAAAAGGAAAAUAGUAUAAUCGGUAUAUGAAAACUGUGUAGCAAAAAUUUCGAAAGCCACAGUUCCAUUACAAUAAAAUAGAUUUAAAAAAGCGGAGUAAACUAAGGUCGAAAUUGAAUAAGUCAAACAUGUAAAAUACCCUUUCUGAUAUUUCAUAUUUUAAGGAAUAUUUAAUUUGUAGCCGAAUUGCAAUUAGUUGCCUCGGGGCGAUAUUUAAUUUUCAUGUUUAGAGUUGACAUCAACCGUGAAUUCCCAUUUAUACUGCGUUCAGUUUUUGAUUGAUACUUCGUGUAAUUACAUAACUUACGUAAGAUUUUCAAUAUAUUUGUAUAUAAAAAAGCAAAUACACGAUUCCGUUUGCUGUUUUUUGUGGGUGCAUAUGUAUACUUGAACAUAUUAUUUUUUAUUAUCUGUUAUAUUUUUUAUCGAUUAUCUUAAGAUUUAUUAUAAAUAUUACUUGUU